AACGACUUGGCCACGGACAACAUCUGCGUCAAGGCCUUGAAAUUCGUGACGCACAAGUGCGAAGCGACUGGCCGGUCGAAAUGCAUUCACUGGCUCCCCAAGCUUCGCAUGGUAAUCUUCCAGGCCGACAACAAGAGCUCCGUCAUGAACUACCUGCCCAAGCUUGCCGGAUGCUGCACUCAGUUGGCGGUCGAUUUGAAAGCUAAAGCUUUCCGGCUGGAUGGCCCUAAGGGCGAGUACGAUGUCCCCAAGACCACCGAUGUGCUCAAGAGCAAACAUCAUGCUCUCAAUGCCUCCGCCGCUGCUGCCACGGUCCCCGUAGUCAGCGAGCUCCCGACCAUCCAUGAUGCCCUCCAGGAUCAGUACGAUGCCCUUAAGGACAAAUACGACAGCCUAAAGGGCAAGUACGAAGCCCUCAAAGGCCAGCAGGAAGCCCCAAAGGCUACGGCUGUCCCCAAGGAUAAGGCCGCAACCAAGUCGCAGCAGCAUGGAGACCACGCUGAAGUGACUUGUGCCAGUCGAACGCCCGACUACAACUUGGACCGCCUGACACGCCAACCUGAGGGAAAACCUUUCAAGUACAAUCCCAGCAAUCGCGGAGAGGCGGCUACGGUCUUUGUCAUCGACUCCGGCAUCAAUGAGGGCCACGAAGAAUUCCGCCGUAACAACAAAGGUAUUGUCAAGGUUUUGGGCAAGUACGUAGCCCAGGGAAAGCCACCAGGGGAGGACAAAACUCACGGCACACACUGCGCUGGGAUUGUUGCAGGAAACAACUUUGGCGUGGCUAAGGGCGCCUCCUUGGUGGACGUUCAGGUUUUCGGAGAGGAGGGAGGCAGCUCCUAUUCCACCAUUCUGGACGGAAUGAACUUUGUGAUGGAAAGCUGCGCUGGAGGCUUCACGUCCUACGGAGACGGCACCACGCGCCGUUGCGUGGCCUCCAUGUCCCUGGGUGGUCCGAUUUCUUCCGCAGUCAACGAUGCUGUGGAGCGAAUGGUGGCAGCCAACAUUGUCGUUGUGGCGGCAGCUGGAAACGAGGCAAUGAAUGCCCUCUAUGUCUCUCCGGCCUCUGCACCCUCUGCCAUCACCGUGGGCUCCAUGGGUGUUUCCAAGAUUCAGGGCGGGGACUACGUUGCCAGGUACUCCAAUUGGGGACCAGCUGUGGACAUCUUCGCGCCGGGUGAAGCAAUCAUCGCAGCUGAUGCAUGGAACAGCAACGAGUAUGUUCAGUUAUCUGGAACUUCCAUGGCUUGUCCCCACGUUGCGGGUGCGGCCGCCAUCCUAUUGAGUCAGCAUGCAGCCCUUCCGGCCGCCUCGGUGAAGGAGUCUCUCCUGAGAUUGGCAAACGAGCGCAUCACUGGCCCUUCCUGCAGCUUCUCUAUCCUGCAAGUCCCCGAGACGACCGACAAGACGCUGAUGGACACCGAAACGCACCAGACUUGCGAGAACGACUUCAGCGUCCUCCUUGACAUGACCUCUCCCGUGUUGGUUUCCCCUU